AUCCUCACUAUCGCUGUCUCUCUCUCUCUCUCUCUCUCUCUCUCUCUCUCUGGCAACAGCAUUAAGGCAUCUUCCGAGCAGAUUAAACAAAAUUAGCAAUUAAUAGCAGUAGCGCGCCUUCUAAUUACGUUGUCUUUCUUUAAGUUUUCCUUUUACGGAUUCCCAAGGAAGGCAUUUUUCAGAGCCCAAAUAAGAAACCCUAAGUUUCUACUUCCCUUGCGCUUUAAUGGCGGAUUUGGAGAAGCAGGAGAGGGUGUUUGGAGAAGAGGAGGAUAAGUUUCUGGAGGAGGUCACGUUAUUGGAUUUCGAUAUGUUGUGUUCCACGGUGGCUAUGCAGACCCAGGGAAAAUGGGCAAAGUUGGAGAGUGCUGAAGACGCUAAAACGGGACCUGAAAUCGGUGGGGUUUUCAGGAUGUGGGAAGGUGAACUACUCGAUUGCUUUGAGGACCGUCGCAUCGCUAUCGAAUCCGCCUGCUGUCCGUGUCACAGAUUUGGGAAGAAUAUGGGAAGGGCUGGUUUUGGCACUUGUUUUCUUCAGGGAAGCGUUUAUUUUGCUCUUGCUCUUGGUGCCCUUUGCAGCUUCAUUGCCUUUUUGGUCACAAAACGCCAUUACUUUGUAUAUUCAGCAUUUGCUUUCACCAUUGCAACAGUAACAUAUUUGGGGUUCUUCCGCACCCAGAUGAGGAGGAAAUUCAAUAUAAGGGGUGGAGAUAGCUACUUGGAUGACUGCGUCAACCACCUUAUCUGCCCCUGCUGCGCCUUAUCUCAGGAAUCACGAACGUUGGAAAUGAAUAACGUUCAAGAUGGCACAUGGCACGGUCGGGGUGACACAAUAUGUAUAGGUAGUUAUGGUGAUGCCAGCCGAUUCGUUGAGCUAAACCCACCUUCUCCUGUCUCAACCAAAUCCCCUGAAACCUGUGGCAUUGUAAAGGAUGUGCCAAAUCGUGAUCACUCUUGAAAUCUGACCAAUGUAUGGCAUUCUCCAUCUGAUUUCUUAUCGAAGAUGCACGAUACACUGCCUUAUUUCAGCAACAUUGCUUCCAAAAUGGUUAAGGCUGCAGUUGUUAACAAUGGAUAUGGGGUUUCUGAACAUCGAUAUAGAGGAGGCGGGAGGCUGAAAAGGACUCCAUUCUUGAAGGAUUCUUGAUUUUUAUCUACUGUUGUGUUCUACCACUGUGAAAAUACACAUGGUAGCGUGUUCUUCUGGUCUUUAAAGAAACAACACUUUUUAAACUUGUGUAUAUACUAUACCAUUAAUUUGAUGUAUCAACUAGAUGGAUGCAGCAGUCCUUGAUUCUGGCUGUUUUGACGUUCGUUCAUUGUAACA